GAUUUAGUAACGGUACUCUCAUUUUUGGAUUUCUAGCCUUGCUCCAGCAUCAGGAAUAAGGAAAAUAAGGUCCUUCAUUUAAAUCAUGGUACUUCGUAGUCUCCCUAUAGAAUAGAAGGAAGACAGUCCGUUUUAACUUUCUUUUCCUGUAUUUACUGCGGGGAAUCUGAUGCGAAUUUCCUCGCUUGCCUGAUUGGACGUUGAUGAAACGUACUCUCUAACACCCACUUUCGAACACAUGGCAAACUGCUUCAACCUCGAGUAUGCAUCCCUAGAUCAUAGCAAAUGGCGGAACCUUCCUCCUCCUCCAGGAUUUUCCAACUUUACACCCAGCUCUAGAACACCAGCCAAGGCUUCGGCGGUAGCAACCUCGUCAUAUGCAUCACUGAAAGACAAGCGCGCUUGGGAUUUCGCCAUCGCCCCAGCCAAGUCUCUCCCCAUGCAAGCAUUCAUGUUGUACAUGUCCGGGGGAGGAGUGCAGAUCUUCAGCAUGGGUAUCGUGUUCAUGCUUCUCCUCACGCCGUUCAAAAGUAUUGCUGGCAUGAACGCAGCAUUCGCACCAUUUGCGCCUACACCUGCUAGUGCCAAGUCACUCAAGGUCCUUCCUCUCCAGAAGAUAGCAUACAUCGCGUGCAACCUUUUGACACUCGCAGUCGGCCUCUGGAAGUGUCGUUCUAUGGGUCUUCUACCAACUGGAACAGGAGAUUGGCUUGCAUUCGAGACUCGAGGGAUGGCACCUGAACUGUCGCUACUAUGAUCGAGUUUUCCUAUAUGACAGUAGCCCAGGUCAGAUCUGUGUUUCGCAGAGGCUCGCCGACACAAUCCUGUCCUACAUUGAAACUAUCUCUAAUCUGUAAUGAAUAGACAAGAGAUGUCCCAGUCAUGGGUAUUAAAUUCCUAUCACACCACGGUUCCCAACAAUAUGAACAACACAGGUGUGAGAAAGAUUGGCGAUAUCGGCUUCUCUAAGAGCAC